GGCCUUUUCUCUCUCUAACUCUACACUAAUAUUUUCUCUCUCUCUCUCUCUCUCUCUCUCAGGCCUAUAAACGCCUACGCCCUUACGGGAUUUUCUGGUUUUGUUUUUGUUUCUCUCUCUGAUCAAUGGAACUGCCAUUUAGGGAUCGAGGUUCUUUGAUGGUCCUAGCCCUUAUAGCUUCAGGAUGUCUUUUUGCUUUUGUUGUCGCAAAAGAGGAAGCUACCAAGUUGGGAACGGUCAUUGGAAUUGAUCUUGGAACUACUUACUCAUGUGUUGGUGUCUAUAAGAGUGGUCAUGUGGAAAUCAUAGCCAAUGAUCAAGGAAAUCGGAUCACCCCAUCUUGGGUGGCAUUUACUGACACUGAGAGAUUGAUUGGUGAGGCUGCAAAGAAUCAGGCCGCUGUCAACGCAGAAAGAACUAUCUUUGAUGUCAAAAGGCUGAUAGGAAGAAAGUUUGAAGAUAAGGAGGUACAAAGGGACAUGAAGCUUGUCCCCUACAAAAUUGUUAACAAGGAUGGAAAGCCAUACGUUCAAGUCAAGAUGAAGGAUGGGGAUACAAAGGUGUUUAGCCCUGAGGAGAUCAGUGCUAUGGUACUGAUCAAGAUGAAAGAGACCGCUGAAUCUUUCUUGGGAAAGGACAUUAAGGACGCCGUUGUUACUGUACCAGCCUAUUUCAAUGAUGCUCAAAGGCAAGCAACAAAAGACGCUGGUGUGAUAGCCGGGCUAAAUGUAGCUCGUAUAAUUAAUGAGCCAACUGCUGCAGCCAUUGCCUAUGGUAUGGAUAAAAAGGGUGGAGAGAAGAACAUCCUUGUGUUUGACCUUGGUGGUGGCACAUUCGAUGUCAGUAUCUUGACCAUUGAUAAUGGUGUUUUUGAAGUUCUGGCCACAAAUGGUGACACCCACCUUGGAGGUGAGGAUUUUGAUCAGCGAAUAAUGGAGUACUUCAUCAAAUUGAUCAAGAAAAAGCAUGGAAAGGACAUUAGCAAGGACAACAGGGCUCUCGGGAAACUAAGGAGAGAAUGUGAGCGAGCAAAGAGAGCGCUAAGCAACCAACACCAAGUUCGUGUAGAAAUUGAAUCUCUCUUUGAUGGCUUGGACUUCUCAGAGCCCUUGACUAGAGCUCGAUUUGAGGAGCUCAACAAUGACUUGUUUAGAAAGACAAUGGGACCUGUUAAGAAGGCCAUGGAUGAUGCAGGAUUAGAGAAGAACGAAAUUGAGGAAAUUGUUUUGGUGGGCGGUAGCACUAGAAUCCCCAAAGUUCAGCAGCUGCUGAAGGAUUACUUUGAUGGCAAGGAGCCCAACAAAGGGGUCAACCCAGAUGAAGCUGUAGCUUUUGGUGCAGCUGUUCAAGGUAGCAUUUUGAGUGGAGAGGGUGGAGAAGAAACGAAAGACAUUCUCUUGUUGGAUGUGGCCCCUCUUACUCUUGGUAUUGAAACCGUCGGUGGAGUGAUGACAAAGCUCAUUCCGAGAAACACUGUUAUCCCCACAAAGAAGUCUCAGGUGUUCACCACUUAUCAGGAUCAGCAAACCACUGUUUCUAUCCAGGUCUUUGAGGGUGAAAGGAGUCUUACAAAGGACUGCAGGGAGCUCGGCAAAUUCGAACUAUCAGGAAUCCCUCCUGCUCCAAGGGGAGUGCCACAAAUCGAGGUCACAUUCGAGGUAGAUGCAAAUGGCAUUCUAAAUGUGAAGGCUGAGGACAAGGGCACUGGAAAGUCAGAGAAGAUCACAAUAACCAAUGACAAAGGGCGCCUAACCCAAGCGGAGAUCGAUGAAAUGAUAAGAGAGGCCGAAAAAUAUGCAGAGGAGGACAAGAAGGUCAAGGAAAAGAUCGAUGCCCGAAAUGCCCUUGAGACUUAUGUCUACAACAUGAAGAACACAAUUGGGGACAAGGACAAGUUGGGGGAAAAGAUUGAGGCCUCGGAGAAAGAACAGAUUGAGGCUGCACUAAAGGAGGCUUUGGAGUGGAUGGAUGAGAACCAGAGCGCUGAGAAGGAGGAUUAUGAUGAGAAGCUGAAGGAGGUGGAGGCAGUGUGCAAUCCUGUAAUCAGUAGUGUGUAUCAGAGGUCAGGUGGGGCUGGUGGUUCUGGUGAGGAGGAUGAGGAUUCUUCACAUGAUGAGCUCUAGAUACUCCCUCUAGGAUUAUUUUUCACAUUAUGAGCUUUAAGCGCUCUCUUCCUCUCUCUCUCUUUCUAGGAUUGUUCAUCUUUUGAGCUCUCAUGCAAUUAAGGGGUUUUGGAUCCUCCCCCCCCCCCCUCUCCUCUCUCUCUGAUGCAGGUUUUGGAGCUCCCAUCUCUCUCCAACGUGAGAGUGGGAAGGUUAUUUUUUACUCAUAUGGGAUGUGAAAAUCUUUUUUAGUAAGAAUACUUGAGGAUUUUUUUGUUUUGUUUUUUUAAGAUUUUUUCCUGCAAUGGGAUAGGGAUUCUAUUUUUCUUUUCUUGUUAGCUUCUUUUUGAGGAUAAGAUAUUCCUAGUUGCUUUCUCAUCAUGAUUUGUAUUGUUCUUGGUUUUCUGGCUUUUCCAACAAGCCUUUGUACUACAAUGGAAAUCUGUAUUUAGGGCAAAUGUACUAUCUUUUAAAUGUAGAGCUAAUCAAAGUUAUAUAGCUCAAUAUCUUCAAUAAACUCUACUUGAUGUCAAA